GUUUUUUUCCCAACCGAAUUCGAUUAUCGGUGAGAAAGAUUCUACCUUGAAUCUUUCUUAUCGCCCAUGCUCUUAAUUCUUAGACCAAUAGACUCCUUGGACUCUGAUCCCCGCUGUAUCCCUUUUUUUUUCUCUCUCUCUCUUUUCUACACAGUAGCCUCUCCUCUCGAUCCGUGUUCCUGGUUCGACAGUCCCUCUUCUUUUUUUUCCCCUCCUCCCCCCAACCCCUUUGGAUGCGAACCCUCGAUCCGCUUUGACUGGAGUUUAAAAAAAAAGAGAGAAAUAGACAAAGGUUUCAUUGGGACCAAGUCAGGCCGCAACUUCAUUACAAUCUGCAUAAUUCCUAUUUUCUAUUCUGUUAUUUUAUUUUGCGCGAUUAGCACCCUCCUUCUUUUUCCUUUUUCUUAUAUUUUUCUUUUCACUAUCUUCCGAACAGCUUUCACCCAGAGCUACUAUCAUUCGAUAUAUCUUCUCUUCUUUCUCUUUUCUUCGUUUUUCCUCUCUUGUCUUUGUGUCUACUCUUCUUUAAUUCUAACUCACUGAUAUUCUGCGGGCUUAUUUCGAAGGAUCAUUUAUCGUCGUCCGUCUUCGUAUCGCAAUCCAUUUCGAUCCCGGUAGCUGCAAAUCAAAUCAUAUCAUCAUUUUAUUGAACGCAACCAAAAGUUUCUUUGUUGCUGUGAAACUG